AUGAGCUCAUCGAAACUGCGACAAUGGGUCAGCGAUAGCAUCUUGCGAUUGUUCGAGAUGUCGGAUAGUGCGAUGGUAGAUUACAUGAUCAAGACAGCAAGUACUGCUACUACUCCAAGUGGACUCAUCACAUCCUUAACUCACGUCGGACUCAGCUCAACAGCUGAAACGGAAUAUUUUGCAAACGAGCUUUUCAAUCGUGUACCGCGAGCUUCUUCAUCCAAAAGUUCUGAAAUCGAGGCAAAGGCACUGCAAAAACAAAAAUUCACACUUGUUUUAGAUGAACAACCGGAAGAGAGAGUAGAAAUUAAGAAACAAAAGAAAGAUAAAGGGACUUUGAAGAAGAAGACUCAAUCAGAUAAAAAUGGAUGGGAAAGUGAAGAAGAAGAUCGAGCAACUAAGAAACGAAGAAGAUCGAUUGAUUCCAAUAAAUCUGGACUUGAAGAUGAAAUGGAAAAAGAAACUGAAGCAGAAAGAAUAGAAAGAGAAAGAUUAGAAGAUGCGCGUGAAAGAGAUGAAUUUGCUGAACGAUUGAAAGCUAAAGAUCGAGAUAAAACGAAAAAAAUCGUAGAAGAUAAAACAUCUAAAUUAACAGCUGAUCAAAUCCGACGAAGGAAUCUCGAAAACGAUGAAGAAGCUCGUCAAGCUGCCAUGCCUGAAGUUAGGAAAAGAGCUCGACAGGAAUACUUGAGCAAGCGAGAAUUACAACAAAUUGAAUUACUUAAACAAGAGAUUAUGGAUGAAGAAGCUGAUUUCAAGGGUGUUGUGAUGACUCAACGGGAAAUCAGGGAAUUGAAUAAGAAAAAAGAAGUACUGCGACUCGCUCAAGAACGGAUGGGAAUCGAUGAUGGAUACGAUGGAUAUAUGAUGCCCGAAGAUUACAUCACCGAACAAGGAAGGUUAGACAAGAAGAAAAAACAUGAUGCUCUGUACAAGCGUUACGAAGAAAGCAAACGACCAGCCGACGAAUUUGUGACAGACGUUGAUCGAUAUGAAGCUAUUCAAACUCAAAAUGCUACCACUAACUACGGUGCACUCGAUCGACCAUCUCUUGUCGAAGACUAUGAAUUUGUUUUCGAUGAGAGUGCGACCAUUGCCUUCUUGACAGACAAUGAUUCCAGAAUAGGUGGUACUCUGAGUGCCAAAGAUGCAGCUCUACAAGCACAGAUUGAUGCGGCAGAAAAGCGAGCCAAGUCUAUAGAUGAAGUACGAAAAUCUCUCCCGGUAUAUGAAUGGCGAGAUCGGUUGCUCGAAGCUGUUGCAGAGUAUCAAGUGAUGAUUGUGGUUGGGGAAACUGGGUCUGGAAAAACUACCCAGCUGCCUCAAUAUCUUCACGAGGCCGGCUACACGAAAGAUGGUGGUAAGAUAGGUUGUACACAACCACGAAGAGUGGCAGCCAUGUCGGUGGCAGCAAGAGUAGCAGAGGAAAUGGGGGUACGGGUAGGAGACGCGGUUGGGUAUUCUAUCCGUUUCGAAGACUGCACUUCCCCCAAGACAGUCAUCAAAUAUAUGACAGAUGGGAUGCUACUAAGAGAAUUCAUGACAGAGCCUGAUCUUGCGGGUUAUAACGCCAUGAUUAUUGAUGAAGCCCAUGAGCGUACGCUGAGUACUGAUAUCUUGCUGGGCUUGGUCAAGGACAUUGCUCGGUUUCGUCCUGAUUUCCGGCUUCUGAUAUCCAGUGCUACCAUGAAUGCUGCCAAGUUUUCGGAAUACUUUGAUGAUGCGCCGAUUUUCAAUAUUCCUGGAAGAAUGUACCCAGUUGAUAUCUUAUACACUCCGAGUCCUGAAGCAAAUUAUCUACACGCCGCUGUCACCACUGUUUUCCAAAUUCACACGACACAACCCAAGGGUGACAUCUUGGUGUUUUUUACUGGUCAAGAUGAAAUUGAAGCUGCUCAUGAAAACUUGGAAGAAACGGCUCGAGCAUUAGGAAACAAGAUUGGAGAACUAGUCAUUUGUCCAAUUUAUGCUAACUUACCCACCGAAAUGCAGGCCAAGAUCUUUGAACCUACACCUGAUAAAGCUCGAAAAGUGGUACUUGCUACCAAUAUUGCUGAGACAUCUAUCACCAUAGACGGAGUGGUGUACGUAAUCGAUCCAGGCUUUGUUAAACAGAAUUCAUACAAUCCUCGGACGGGUAUGGAAUCUCUAGUGGUCGUUCCCUGUUCCCGUGCUGCAGCAAAUCAACGUGCAGGUAGAGCAGGUCGUGUGGCUCCCGGCAAGUGCUUCCGACUAUACACUAAAUCAGCUUACAUGAAGGAAUUGGAUGAAGACACCGUGCCUGAGAUCCAACGAACAAAUUUAGCCAACGUAGUUUUACUACUCAAGUCACUCGGGAUCAAUGAUCUGAUCGGCUUCGAUUUCUUAGAUCCACCUCCUGGUGAUACUUUGAUCCGGGCUUUGGAUUUGCUCUAUGCACUUGGAGCGUUCAAUGAUCGCGGUGAAUUAACCAAGAUUGGUCGAAAAAUGGCAGAAUUCCCGAUGGACCCUAUGUUAUCUAAAGCCAUUUUAGAAAGUGAAAAACAUAAAUGCACUGAGGAAGUUCUUUCCAUUGUGUCUAUGCUUUCGGAGAGUAGUUCAAUAUUUUACCGACCUAAAGAUAAGAAACUACACGCGGACCGGGCUCGACUGAACUUCGUUCAACCAGGUGGAGACCACUUCACGUUAUUGAAUGUGUUUGAUCAAUGGAAGGAGACAAACUGGUCUAUCUCAUGGUCAUAUGAGAACUAUGUUCAGAUCAAGUCCCUGAAUCGAGUCCGCGAUAUUCGAGAUCAACUUGCUGCUUUAUGCGAACGGGUCGAAAUCUUGCCCGAAUCUAAUGCCACAGGGUCAAUAGAGCCAAUUCAGAAAAGUUUACUAGGUGGUUAUUUCAUGAACACCGCCCGGCUCAGUAAAGGAGGUGACGCGUACAGGACUUUGAAAUCGAACCAAUCAGUUUAUAUUCACCCGUCAUCAAGCUGUUUCCAAGCCCAGCCACCACCUCGAAUGAUUUUAUUCUAUGAGCUGGUUUUGACCAGCAAAGAAUAUGCAAGACAAGUUAUGGAGAUCAACAAACCAGAAUGGUUACUUCAAGCUGCUCCACAUUUCUUCAAGGAAGCUGAUCUAGAGGUCUUUGGUAAGAAAAAACUUCCCAAACAAACCCAAGUGCGUAAAGCAGAACAACUACCAGAGUAGAUUACGUUUGAAUUGUAUUGUAUUUUUCCUCAAAUGAUUGGACUGUAUACGAGAUUGAUUUCUUGCGAUCGAGCUAGCAUUGUUAGAAGAUCUCUAUGAAUAAAAAGUGAACAACGUGAUAAUUCCAGAAAUGUCGAACAAAGACUGAAUGAUUUGAGAUGCGGAGAUUCAAUCGCAUAUGU